AUGCGGUGGCUUGAGCAGCAGCACGCCAUGUCCUCCUCGCGUUCGCUCCCCGUCGUCGCCGGCGCCGGUACCGCGGACGAGGCCAACGGCGAAGCUCUCGAAGGCGAUGGUGGUGCUGGGGGAGGCAGGGGCGACGGCAUCUUCCCCAAGACACCGGGCCCCGGCGAAGGGGGCCACCCCAUGGUGGCGUCUUGGGCGCAGACCGCGCCAGGGGGGUCGAUGACGGGCAUGGGGGACGGAGGAAUGCUGGCGCACCAGGUGUCCGUCGACCAGAAGGCCGCGGCCACGAUCGCCAAGCUCAAGAACAAGGUCAACCGUCUCCGCCGAGAGAGGGACGACGCUGAGGUCCAGGCGUCCAACUGGCUCAAGAGUGAGCAGGAGAGGAUGGCCCUUAACAGCAACAGCGGCAGCACCAGCAGCAACUUCAACUCCUCCUCCAACUCGACCGCGCUGAUCGAGGCCGGCCCCGGCGCGGGGGGUGGGGGUGGCAGGGUGAGCAGCGGGGGCCCCGUGGUAGCGAGCCUCAAGGCCGAGAGCCUCCAGCUGAAGAAAGAGCUGCAGGACGCUAGGGCGGAGGCGGAGAGGUUCAAGAGGAAGUUAGCCUCGGGGUCAGGGCUGUCGCCGAACGUUACCCCGGCGGGGAGCGGCGGCUUCGCGAGGGGCUUGGUUGGCGGUGGACAAGACGAGGGAUUGGACGACUCCGAGCCUCAGGAGGCGAGGCUUGCCCUGGGGCGUCUCCUGGGGCAAGCGCUCAACCUCCUGGACCCUCAGGCUGCCGCCGACGCGGUCGCCGUCGCCGCGAAGCGGAUGAGUGCCCCCGAGGUGGCGGCGGCGGCGGCGGCGGCGGUCGCCCCGCUGGCACCGGCGCCGCUGUCCCCCCAGGGCGCCGCGGGGAUGAUGAAGCUCAGCACCGGCGAGUCCAUCCACGAGGGGUCCCCGCCGCGGGCGGAGGAGGAGCUCGAGGCGGUGGCGAUGGAAAGUGCCGCCGCCACCGCCGGCGGCGGCAAGGCGUUCGUGGCCGGCCUCAAGGACAACGGCCUUACCGGAGACGAGAAGAAGGACGUCGGGGCGAGCGGCGCUGCCAGCAACGGUGCUGCUGCCGCUGCUUCCAACGGUGGCGGCGGUGCCGCCGCCGCUCCCGCUCUCUCCGGCGUGAAGGCGGCCGUGGCGGCGAUCAACAUCAGCGGCUACUCCGCGGAGCCCCGGGAAAAGGAGGUCGGCCGCCACCCUUUCAUGGCGGCGGGGCUGGUGGAGUCCAAGACCACCAACAUGGAGUAG